AUGCGGGCAGCCAAGAUUUUUAUCACUGAUCUGAAAAAGCAUAAAAUUUUCGACAAGGUGGAUAGGGUAAGAAUUGAUUUAUAUGGGUCGCUCGCUUUGACCGGAAAAGGUCACGGGACGCCUGCUGCCAUUUUAAUGGGAAUGGAAGGAGAGAUACCCGAUAGCAUUGAUACAACCAAGGAAGAACUUCCUCAGCAUCCUAAUGGCAUGAGGUUUUUAGCAUUUGACAGAGAAGGAGAACCUUUGAUUAAUGGAGAGUUUUUUUCGAUAGGCGGAGGAUUUGUGGUGAACGAGAUCACUAUCCAAAAACAUGGUGAUAAUGUUUUCUACAAGGCUUACGAUAAAUCAUCAGUCGAUUUACAACGUUCAAAGCAAGAUGAGGCUGUCACAUUCGCCGCGUUACCGUUUCGAAAUGCUUCGGAGCUAUUGCAAGUUUGCAAUCGAGAAAGCAUGACAAUUGCACAGGUCGUUUAUCGAAAUGAACUUCAUUGGAGGAGUGAAAGCGAAAUUCGUAGGAAGCUAAUGGACAUUUGGAAUACAAUGGAUCAAAGUAUAAAAAAUGGAUGCCUGAACGACGAAGAAUAUUUACCCGGUAGUUUAAAGAUAAGAAGAAGGGCACCGGGAUUAUAUAGAAAUUUGUUGAAAGGAUCGAUGCAAACCAAUGCAUUCGUAUCACACAAUAUCACAAAACCACCAAUCGCAGGCGAUAGUAAAGAAAUAAUCGAGUUUCUUUCACAUAAUACUCGAAAGAAGUUAAAUUUGCUAGCGUUAGAUUUUCUCUCACUGUAUGCCAUCGCGGUGAACGAAGAGAAUGCUGCUGGUGGACGUGUGGUAACUGCACCCACAAAUGGCGCAGCUGGUAUAAUUCCUGCUGUGCUCAAGUAUUAUUUGGAUUUUAUUUCCGAGAAUCCUGAGAAAGAUAUCAUGACGUUUUUGUUCACUAGUGCAGCAAUAGGUAUGAUUUACAAGAGGGGUGCAAGUAUUAGUGCUGCCGAGAUGGGUUGUCAGGGUGAGGUUGGUGUUGCAUGUAGUAUGAGUGCGGCAGGACUUGCUGCAGUAAUGGGUGCAACUCCAAAACAAGUAGAAAAUGCGGCAGAAAUAGGGAUGGAACAUAACCUAGGUUUAACAUGCGACCCAAUAAACGGGCUGGUACAAGUACCUUGUAUAGAACGUAACGCAUUAGGAGCCGUAAAGGCCGUAGCUGCUGCACAACUGGCGCUGAACGGCGAUGGAUAUCACAGGGUCACUUUAGACCAAGUGAUUGAAACCAUGCGUCAAACUGGUAUCGACAUGAAAAGCAAAUAUAAAGAAACUAGCCAAGGUGGAUUAGCCGUUAAUGUUCCUCUCUAUUUUACAAUCGCCAAAACCCGGAACAUUGGAAUUAUAGCACACAUUGAUGCUGGCAAGACAACAACUACGGAGCGUAUGUUGUAUUACGCAGGAUUUACAAGGAGGAUAGGAGACGUGGACGACGGAGAUACUGUCAUGGAUUACAUGAAACAAGAACGCGAAAGAGGAAUCACCAUAACCUCAGCUGCUAUCACAUUUGGUUGGAAAAACUACCGGAUAAACCUGAUAGACACUCCAGGUCAUGCAGAUUUUACCAUUGAGGUUGAACGUAGCGUGCGUGUACUCGAUGGAGCAGUAACGAUAUUAGACGCUGUUUCAGGAGUAGAAGCUCAAACCCAGACAGUUUGGAAACAAGCAGAUCGUUAUGGUAUACCAAGAAUUGCUUAUGUCAACAAGAUGGAUAGGGUAGGUGCUGGAUUCGGGCGGACAGUUAAAGAAAUGAGAUAUAAGCUUGGUGCUAGGCCGUUGGUUUGCCAAAUACCUGUGGUAAAAAAAGAUAAAGGAAACAGUUCAUUCACCGGUGUAGCUGAUCUUCUGAACAUGCAAGUGCUAAAUUGGGACGAUGAUCCAAAUGGUUCUGUUAUUAGUAAGACGCCGUUAACUGAAAAAUAUCCGGUAUCAGGAUUGUUUGAAGAGGCGAUCAAAGGUCGGUCAAGUUUAGUGGAAGCUCUGUCCGAGAUGGACGAUCACAUAUUAGAGUUAUUCUUAGAGGCGGAAGAUCAUAUGAAGGUCACUGCAGGAGAUAUUAGACAGGCAUUAAGAAGGGUAACCAUAAACGGAAAAGCCGUUCCCGUUCUUUGUGGUGCAUCGUUUCGUAAUAUCGGCGUACAGUCAUUAAUGGACGCAGUAGUCGAGUACCUACCUUCCCCUUUGGAUUGUCCACCUACUUUGGCUACUUUGCCGAAUAAUCAACUAGUCAAAAUUACGCUAGGAGGGAAUGAGAGAUUGUGUGCUCUUGCGUUCAAGGUCACACAUGAUUCUAAACGCGGUCCAAUGACUUUUGUUCGAGUAUAUUCUGGUAAACUUGAUAAUCGAAUGGCGUUGUAUAAUACAAACACACGUAAAAAAGAACGUGUUAAUAAAUUAUUACAGAUGUAUGCAAAUGACGUAGAAGAAAUUCCAUCAAUUACCGCUGGUAAUAUUGGUGUGAUCAUAGGUCUCAAAGAAACGAGAACUGGGGACACUCUAAUACAAUUUGACGACACGAGGAAAAAUCUUAAAUUACAGAAUAUUGAGAUUCCUGCACCGGUAUUUUACUGUGCCGUAGAAGCAGCUGGAUUAUCUGAUGAAAAGCCACUUGAGGAAGCACUCAAUAAUAUAUUAAGGGAAGACCCCUCUCUUCAUGUUCAUGUUGAUCCAGAUUCUGGGCAAACCUUGAUUAGUGGUAUGGGUGAGCUUCAUUUGGAAAUUGUCAAAGAUCGUUUAGUUAACGAAUUUAAGGUGAAUGCGGAAUUGGGUAAAAUGCGCGUAUCAUAUAGGGAGACAGCGACAACAGAGCAUAUAGAUUAUACCUACCUAUACGAUCGAGAAAUUAUGGGAAAAAGAGCAAAGGCGAAAGUUUCUUUGACCAUUACACCAUUGCCCCAAAAUGACCGUGGGUUACCUGAAGAAGGAGGAAAUAGAAUAAUGUUUGAAAACUUUCGAAAAAUCGAAAGUGUACCAGGAACGGAUCAAGGAGUCAAUAAUCAACGACAAAAUAAUAUGGAUACUAAGCUUUCAAAUGAGGAAAUUGAAAGUGUGCUACGUACUGGAAUAAUAUCAGGGCUGUAUAGAGGUCCGAUCCUUGGAUUUCAAAUUACAGGGCUUUUGAUAAAGAUAUGUUCAAUAGAACUGUAUGGUGUCGAAUCAUCUAGAAUGGCAAUUAGUUCUUGUGCAAGACAAGCACUUAUUUAUGCCGUUAAAGAAGGAAAACCCGUAUUGCUUGAACCAUUGAUGAACGUAAAUAUUGACCUAUCAGAAGAAUACUUGGGUAUUGUCCUUGGAGAUUUAUCAGGAACGCGUCGUGGAAAUAUUUUAGGAUUAGACACUAUUAAAGGUAUGUCUGAACAAAUCGAUCAGAACGUCGAGAUAUAUGUUCCACCCGACUCUACGUACACUUCAUCCAGUCAAACUUCAACUUUCAAGUCGAAAAAAGUGAUACACGCGCAGGUACCAUUGUCAACAAUGUUAGGAUAUUCGUCGGCAUUGAGGUCUCUGACUGGUGGGACAGCGUCUUUUGAUAUGAGAGUUCACUCAUUCGGGAUCAUGAGUGAGGAUCGAGCUAAAGCUGUGAUUCGCGAAAUGCAGGGUAGUUACUGA